AUGGACUUUUUGAAAUCAGCAGUCGCGUCUGCCAUCGCAAAAUCUAGUUCAUUCCCAGUGAUCAUUGGAGACCGAGUCGAUGCAGGGGAGUCGAUUUUUGCUUUGCAUAACGGCACGAAGAAGUCUCUCAAGGAUGACAAUACUUCCUGCUCCCUGUUCACCUUCGACGUGAACACGAACAAGUCCCGAUUACCGUUAGCAAAGAAUGCUGCACGAAAGUUGCGAACAUUGCGCCAUCCCGGAGUCAUUCGAGUCAUCGAUGUGAUUGAGACCGAAACGAACGUCUACAUCAUUACAGAAAGACUCACACCCUUAAGCUGGCACAUUAAGCGCAGGAGUUUGAGUGAGGAGACAAUAAAAUGGGGUCUUUAUGGCAUAUCCUCAACUUUGAAGUUCAUCAAUAAUGAGGCUUCCGCCGUACAUGGAGCCGUUCGGGUACCCUCGAUCUUCACGAGCGAGAGCGGAGAAUGGAAGCUUGGAGGGUUUGAAGUUCUGAGCUCGAUGAACGAGGAUGAUGCCAUUAUUUACACAUAUGGGAGCCUAUUACCGGACUCGAAUCGAUACGCGCCUCCUGAGGUUGUGAACGGCGGCUGGUCUGCGAUCAAGAAGAAUCCCCUGGGGGCGCCGGAUGCGUAUGGAUUGGGCACAUUGAUAUACGAGGCGUUUAAUGGGAGCUUUCUGGGGAAUGACCAGCUAAGCCAACCCGGAGGCAUCCCUGGAAACAUGGUACAAAGCUAUCGAAGAUUGAUAAAUGCGAAUCCGAAGCUCAGGCUGACUGCGGGUCAUUUCGUGGACCUAGGAAAGAAAGCAAAUGGCUUCUUCGAGACUCCAUUGAUUCAUAUAACCGAAGGCGCAGAUAAUCUGGGGCUCAAAAGCGAAGAUGAGCGGGAUCAGUUCCUUGCAGAGCUCGAUGAACUCACAGACGACUUCCCUGAGGACUUCUUCAAGAUGAAGAUCUUGCCGGAACUGCUGAAGUCGGUCGAAUUUGGUGGCGGGGGCCCCAGCGUAUUUGGGGCCAUCAUGAAAAUAGGACUCAAGAUGUCGGAUGAUGAAUUCGAAACUCGGCUUGGUCCUACCAUCCUCCGCUUGUUUGCCAGCCCUGAUCGUGCCAUGAGAGUCUGUUUACUCGACAACCUACCGAUCAUGGUAGAUCGAAUACCUCAGAAAGAUAUCAACGGGAAGGUCUGGCCGGCCAUGACCACUGGAUUCACCGAUGCCGCGCCCAUCGUACGAGAACAGACCGUCAAGGGCGUCCUUUCGGUCAUAUCCAAGCUAUCUGAUCGUAUCAUAAACGGCGAGCUCCUUCGCCACCUUGCGAAAACUGCUAACGAUGAGCAACCUGGAAUCCGUACAAACACCACCAUUUGUCUGGGCAAAAUUGCGAGGAAUCUGGGCGUCGGGUCAAGGUCCAAGGUCCUCAUUGCAGCUUUUACUCGAGCUCUUCGAGAUCCUUUUGUCCAUGGUCGGAAUGCGGCUUUGAUGGCUCUUUCUGCCACAAUUGACGUCUUUAGCGACGACGACUGUGCCACCAAAAUCCUUCCUGUGAUCUGCAUCAGUCUUAUUGACAAGGAGAAAUUGGUUCGCGAUCAAGCCAGUAAAGCGCUGGACGCAUAUCUAGGAAGAGUGAGAAAAUAUGCAGCGACUUUGCCAGACACGGUGCUGCCGCCUGAGACCGCUGCAGCCACGCCCGACACUGGCGCAGCUGCUGCCCCAGCCAGGAUGGGAAAUCAAAAUGACACUAGUUGGGCUGGUUGGGCAAUCUCGUCUUUUACAAACAAGAUGGCUGGAGCUCGAGGUGAAAUGGCUUCAUCAGGCGCGACAAAUGGUGCAAGCCUGACGCAGACUCAGUCACUGCCCGCAUCUGGACGUGCAACGCCGACCGUCAACGUGAUCGGCGAAAGGCCCGUUGCAUCCUCGCGACCACCCGUACCAACCACCGCCCGAAGCUCGACUUCACUACCUCCAGAACCCGAGGAUAUCUUCGAAGACGAUAACACCAAUGCUUGGGGCACAAUGGACGAUGAUGGCGACAACUUCUUCGAUGCGUCGGUAAAUCAACAUGCUAAGACAUCGAACGCAGCACCGCUUGCAGCCUUUGAUGAUGGUGGAGAGCCGGACUUUGCAGGAUGGCUCGCUGCCCAGUCCAAAACGAAAACUCCGAAACCGCUGCCCAAAGGACUAGGAAAGCCCGGAUCGACAAGUGGAGGUCUGAGCGUGCGACCCACAGCUCCGUCUAGAAGUAUAUCGGCUGGUCCAGCUGCGGGCGCCAGCACCGUUAAACGACCUACGGUCCCAGCAGCAAGGACGACAGCAACCAUCUCUCCAAAGAAAGAGACUAAACCAGAAAAGCCAAAACCUAGCCAGCCGGAGCCAACUGACGAUGACUGGGGAGCCGACUGGGAUUGA